AUGAAUUUCCAGUCCGUCAUUGAGAACUUCUUUGGACGAAGCCAAACGCCCGCCAUCACUGCUUCACAGGCACCCCCGGCAAAUCCGUUUGCUCGACCAGAACGGCCUGGAGAGCCUACGCAACCAGCACCAACCUCCACCGCCCUUCAGUUGACCCAGGCAAGACUGCCUACGGGUGACGUUGGCCCGACCACAACUGAGCGCGGCUUUGCCAUCGUGCCCUAUGUUGUGGAGCGAGCUCCAGGUACCUCAACCAAGGUUACCCUGGAUGGACAGCCUAUCAAUGUCACGGACCCUCAAGCUCUUGCCAUCGUACAGCAGGGCAUUCGCGAUGGGUCUCUCGCUCAGCAAGGUUUAGCUUCCUCAGGCACAACAAUCCAAUCGCAUGUCCCUCUUGGACCUGGCAACGACCCAAACUCGUUCUGCAACGACCCAAAAUGGAAGUUUCGCAUCAUGAUUCAAUGGGUCAACGAGAUAGACCGCCUCCGCCCAGAUCUCGAGUAUGCUCGGGCACAUGGUUGGCAGAAGCAUAUCGCCAAGUUGUCUCGACAGAUUGGUGCUCUUGAACGACAGAUUGCAACGCGCCUUCGAAAGCUCGGCCACAACAAAGUUUUCACUGAGCUUAUCCCAGCUUAUCCACAGGUAUGGAAAUAUCUAGACCCUUCGUACCGACGUCGGCUCGAGAAUUUCCCUGCUGCACACAUCCCGCCCUCUCGCCAACUCGAGGCACCUGCCUGUGCCCACGCCAAGGAAGAGGAUGACAAUUUCAUGUCCCUUUCCUCCACCAUAACCAACCAACCAAGAUCGCAGGCUAAAGAAGCUAUUCCACACGAAACCUUCGACGGCCUACCGAUCAAGCGAGAGGAAACACAAGCCCAGAACACCUCAGCGUCGAAUGGAAUCCGAGCUCCACAAACAGCUAGACCCCACGCUUCUCAACUCACUGCACCCAGCUCUUACUUCGACGACAUCCCCAUCAAGAGAGAGACUGAUCACACAGGCCCUGACCGAAGUGCUCGCACGAGAUUGGAAGCUGAUGUGUCUGUGCGUCAAGCAACUCAGGUUCCUCGAGUAGUUGAGGAGGUUGAGAAAAUCGAGUCUGACGAUGAUGAUUGCUUUAUCGUUGAAGUUCGAGACAUCAAGGCUACACUCCCUCCACGACGCGGGAGUCGAAAAGAUCGCACACGUUCACGAUCAUCUACAGGUGCGCAAGGACAUGCUCGUGCACGAGUUGGUACGCCGUACAGGGACCGCAACUAA